AGUACAGUUGGGAUACUAUUGCAACAUAAAAUUGAAGGAUAUAUUACAGAUGUAUGAGUGAUAUUCUGUAUAUGAUACGUGUUUCUUAGAAUUUUCUGUAUGGGAAUAAGCAGUUGCGUCAAAGAAAUGAAUAAAUAAUUUGAUAUGGGAAGUUUCAUUUUGCUCCUUUAACAAUGCCAACGAAGACUUCUAUGUCUCAGCCAUGUGAGAUAUGCCUCGGUCACUGGGCUUCCUAUUCCCAGAUUCUUUUCCCUCUUUCUCUCUCUCUCCAUCUCUUAAUAUGAAGAUAUCAGCAUUCCAUUGCAUCCUGGGAAUUUCUUUUCUCUGUGUCUCUCUCUUUGUAUACAGGAAAAAGAUGGGGUGCACUUAUUCUGUGUAUGGAGUUGGGAGGAAAAAGAAGCUGAGUAUCCCAGAAGUGGUUGUAUUUGCUCCUUGUAUGAGGAUUCCAGCACAAUGUGAUCUUCAAAGAGCCCUCAAGGGUCUAAUACCGGGUGAUGUUAUCGACAAAUUAUCUUGUCUAAGGAAUCGGAUUGCACUUGUUGCAGACGACACCGGUGGAUCCGCGAUUACUGAACUGCGGCAGGCACUGGAGGAGUACUUGUCAAUUCUAAUUGGACUUACUAAGAAAGAACAUGGCCUUGAGAACUUGGUGGAAUUCAAGUGGAAAAAUUUAGUAGAUGGAAGACAAGAGACUAGCGUAGCAAAUGCCUGGUUUGAAUUGCUAUCUGUUGUUCACAUGAUGGCUAUGCUCACAUUAUGCGAGGCUGACACAAUUAUGAUCCCCAAGGAUUAUUCUGGUUCUGGCUUUAGGGUCGUAUCUACAGAUUGUAAGAGAGAUGCUGUUGAUUUAUUGCUCAAGGCAGCAGGGUACCUCGAAUUUUGUGUCCGGAAUGUACUCUGUUGUAUACCACCAGAAAUCAAGAAAAGUAUGUCAAAAGAUUUGCAGGAUGGUGUACUAGAAGCCAUUUCCAUCCAAGCAUUAGGCCAGGGAACUGAAAUACAGCUUGGAUUAGCUAUUGAAAGUCAAAAGGCUACUUUAUCAGUGAAAAGGAGGUUGGCCUGUGAACUGCUGAUAUAUUACAGUCAGGCUUAUCAAUGCAUUUCUGGAUGUGACUUAAGCCAUGGAUAUGGAAAGAAACAUAUGUGGUUCAUCAAAUGGAAAUUCCUUGAAGCAAAGGCUGCUGCUUAUUACUACCAUGGUCUGGUUCUGGACAAGGGUAGUGAACCUACAUGCCAUAUCAGUGCUGUAUGCUGUUUUCUAGCUGCACAAGAACUACUUGUAGAGAGCAAGAAAGCCUGCAUAAGCUUUUGCCUUGCAACUCCAGUAACCAGGGCACCUCCACUUUGGGGAGCUAUGAAGCAUUUACAUCAGAAAAUACCAGAGGUGGCAUCAAGGAAAUCUCAGAUGUAUGGCUACCUCUUAGAACAAGAAAAGGCUCUCCAAUCCUUGCCUGAGCUACCAGAUUUCCAACUAUCACUGAGACCUGAUGACUAUGAAUUACCUGCAAUUGAUCCAGCCUGGGAUUCUGGAAACUGGGAAAAACAGGGCCAGCAGCCCCUUAAAGACCAUCUCAAUGACUCCGAGGAUGAGAUUGAAACUGAAUGAAACCACCUUAUUUACACUCAUUGUAUCUCUAUUCUUAUACAACUAGUUUACCUUAUAAUUUAUACAGUAAGACAGAUGGUCACAUGCAAUGAAUGAUUGUUAAAUUGUUACUUUCAUGUUGA